AUGGCACAAAGCACAACAGGCUCAAUCUCACCAUCGACACGAACUCCACGCUCACAAUCGCCUAUAAACACUCAUGGAAAUGGAGCUACACCCGCAAGACCAUCGGGUCUACGGACUGUGAGUUCUGAGAAGCCUGGAAAUUCACUCAAUCUGGCUAUACCUACACCGACUUCAAAUGCAGCGAGCAACAUCUCUGAAGAGGCAGUCGAUUAUAUGAAUGGUGGCGUUCCACAUCAUACUCCCAUAGCUUCUACGUCAGAUGCCAUCUCUCCUGGAACAUCUGCCAAUAAUGCGGGCUCCAGCUUUUCUCCAGUCCCUCCCCCAUCGUCAUUCCCUCAUGAGAGCCAUUCCGCAACGAACGGUAUAUCAACUCCACCCGGCAGACGUAGCGUGUCAUUUGCUAGAGAUAUGACGACUGUCGAACCUCCGAAUUCCGCACGACAAGAUUCAUGGGGUAUGGAAGAUAAUGACACGCCUGCGAGGGAUAGGAGGGGUGCAUCUAUAAUGUCGAAAUUGAAAGCGUUAGCUACACCAAGUGGAAUGCAGGGGCAUGGCAGAAGUCAGAGCACACCGACAAAUUAUUUUGAUGAAGGACUUGGAACAACACCAAUUGCCACAAAUAUUCCACAAACAUUACACGAGGAAAGUAGUGAUGCAGAUGCGGAAGAAACUGCAGAUGAGGGUACAUCCAAUCAACCCGCACGCAUAAGAAAGAAACGCCGAACGAGAAGACCACAAGAAGAAGACAGUGCGCCCAAUACACCCAGGUUUCGUGCUGGACCAUCGGACUCCCCAGGUGGAAGUCGAUCAUUUUUCUUGGGUAGGCGAGCAACCGAUGGGUCUUUGGAACAAAGGGGCCAUUUAUCAGAAGGCGAAGGGCGUGAUCGUUUCAACGGCAAAAGUGCAUGGCGACGAGGAAGUUCAUGGAUGCCAGGUCGAGGAUCAAUUCCUGAUACGUCACCACAAGCACAAGAUUUUGCAAAUGUUGAUGGCGCAAGAUCAAAGAGACCAAGUCAAUUCAGAAGAGUGACAGGACUUGGGGGACAAAGUGAGGGCGAAGCGCAAACGCCUAGAAGACCAGGGUAUUUUGGCGCAGAAAGAGCUAGUACUUUUGGCACUCAGAAAUGGCGGAUGAUAAAGCACAGCAUGAAAUUCUUUGCUGGCAAAGCCAAGAAGGAAGAUAAGGUUGACUAUCUUAAAUCUACUGAACUCAUGGCGGAAUUACGGGCUGGCGCCCCUGCAGUACUUAUGUUUGCUAGCAUGAUGCAACGCGAUGAGCAUGGAAAUAAGAGAAUCCCAGUCCUUCUUGAGCAACUAAAAAUUGAGAUCACGGACAGCAAACCCAUCGACGAGGAUGCAGAUGACUCUGAGAGACAUUUAGUUUUCCGAAUCGAGCUUGAAUAUGGAAGUGGUCCAAAUCGAAUGAAGUGGAUAAUUAAUCGUUCCCUCAAGGACUUCGCCAAUUUACAUUUACGAUAUAAGCUCCAAGGAAAUAGUGAUAAGUACUUAGGGAACGAAGCCCACGCGCGACCAAAGCAACCAAGAUUUCCAAAAUCCGCAUUCCCAUACUUCAGAGGUGUUAGAGGGCUAGGAGAGAGUGAUGAAGAUGAGGCUGAUAACGUUCGUGCGGAAGAAACAGCUGGCGAGGCGACUCAUGGCGACAUGGCUCACGGCGACUUAACCCAUGGUGAGGCCACGCAAAGCGAGGCAGAACCAAAACGUAAGAUCAAGAGGCGUCCAUCGAUGAGUGCUGCAAGAAAAAGUACUCGUGCGAUCUUAGAUGUUAGCGGUAAUGCAGUUAGUGCUGAAAAGCAGAAGAGAAUAUUCAAUGAGCGUCAGCGAAGAAGAUUGGAACAAUAUCUUCAAGAAAUGAUUCGAUGGCUCAUCUUCAGAGCGGAUAGUAACCGCCUGUGCAGAUUUCUGGAACUAUCCUCGAUGGGAGUACGUCUGGCUGCUGAAGGUAGCUACCAUGGAAAGGAAGGUUAUCUUGCUAUUCAAUCGUCAAAGGGCUUAGAUGUCAGGAGAAUACUUACGCCUAAUAACUUUUUCGAACGUCAUUCUCCAAAGUGGUUUUUGGUUAGACACAGUUAUCUUGUGUGUGUUGAGUCGCCAGAAAACAUGCACAUCUAUGAUGUGUAUCUGGUGGAUGGAAAGUUUGAGAUACAGAAGAAGAGGAGAAAGAUAUCUGAAAUGGGCAAAGGAAAAGCGAAAGUGAAAGAGGAAGUUUCACAAGCAGGUAGAUCUGCUAAGCACCCUCAACACCACACUCUCAAACUUCGGAAUUCCGAGCGCAAGAUCAAGUUACUGGCUAAGAAUGAGCGUCAACUCAGACAAUUCGAGGAGUCGCUAAAUUACAUGGCUGCCAACACACCAUGGGCGAAAGAACAUAGAUUUGGUAGUUUCGCUCCAGUGAGAACUGGGGUUACUGCACAGUGGCUUGUAGAUGGUCGUGACUACAUGUGGAAUGUUUCUCGAGCAAUUAAUGAAGCAAAGGAUGUGAUUUAUAUUCACGAUUGGUGGCUCAGUCCUCAACUUUACAUGCGAAGACCUGCUGCUAUCAGUCAGAAAUGGAGACUUGAUCGUUUGCUACAGAGGAAAGCUAGGGAGGGAGUCAAGGUUUUCAUCAUUGUCUACAGAAAUGUUGAGGCUGCUAUUCCUAUCGAUUCUGAAUUCACAAAGUUCUCUAUGUUGGAUUUGCACCCAAACAUUUUCGUACAACGAUCGCCUAAUCAAUUCAAAAAGAAUCAAUUUUUCUUUGCGCAUCACGAAAAGAUUUGUAUAGUCGACCACAUAGUUGCAUUUGUUGGAGGUAUCGAUCUUUGUUUCGGUCGUUGGGAUACUCCUCAGCAUACUGUGGUGGAUGAUAAACCUACAGGUUUUGAGCAUUCCGAUUCGCCUAAAGAUGCUGAUCAUUGUCAGCUCUGGCCAGGAAAAGAUUAUUCUAAUCCACGUGUUCAAGAUUUCUACAAACUUAACGAACCCUAUGCAGAAAUGUAUGAUCGUUCCAAGACUCCUCGAAUGCCUUGGCACGAUGUUGCUAUGCAAGUCGCCGGUCAACCUGCUAGAGAUUUGACCAGACAUUUCGUGCAAAGAUGGAACUAUGUACUUAGAGGCCGUACACCUACAAGGCCAACACCCUUCCUUCUUCCACCUCCUGAUUACAAUCAGGCCGAAUUGGAAGAUCUUGGUCUCACUGGAACUUGUGAAGUUCAGAUCUUACGUUCAGCUUGUGAUUGGUCCCUCGGUCUUACGGAUACCGAGCAUAGUAUUAUGACUGCUUAUUGCAAGAUGAUUGAAGAGUCGGAUCAUUUCGUCUACAUGGAGAAUCAAUUCUUCAUCACAAGUUGUGAGACGAUGAAUGUAAAGAUUGUCAACAAGAUCGGUGAUGCAAUCGUAGAGCGUGCUAUACGCGCUUAUCGAAACAAUGAGAGUUGGAAAUGUAUGAUUCUCAUACCACUUAUGCCUGGAUUCCAGAAUACUGUGGAUGAACCAGAGGGAACAAGUGUGCGCUUGAUCAUGCAAUGUCAAUUCCGAAGUAUCUGUCGUGGUGAUGGGUCUAUUUUUGGACGAUUGAAGAGUCAAGGUAUCGACCCGGAGGAAUUUGUACAGUUCUACAGUCUUAGAACAUGGGGCCGAAUCGGUCCAAAGAAGAUGGUCGUUACAGAGCAAUUGUACAUUCAUGCCAAGGUCAUCAUUGUGGAUGACAGAAUCGCCCUGAUUGGUUCUGCUAAUAUCAAUGAGAGAUCUAUGUUAGGUAAUAGAGACUCGGAAACUGCAGCCGUUGUUCGAGAUACUGAUAUGAUAUGGUCGACAAUGGAUGGUAAACCAUAUCUUGUUGGAAAAUUUGCCCAUGAAUUACGCAUGCGUCUUAUGCGAGAACAUUUGGGAUUGGAUGUGGAUGAGAUUAUGGAAGAUGAAAAGACUCAUGAACUGGACCGUGAAGAAGAAGAAUUCAAAGCACAGAUGGAUGGAAUAUACGACGACGAGGAAGAUGAAGGUAGCGACGGUAGUCCAUCGCCGGCUAAGGGGGUUUCUAAUGAAUUCUCUACCCGUGUUACUUUGAACGAGAAUGUACGCAGCUUCAAUCAUGAUGUUGAUUGGGAACAAGAAGGCAAUCCCAACAUACAACCCGAAAAGUUCAAGCCAUUGACCACGGAUAAAAGAGUUAUAAAUAACACGGCUCAUGCAGCAGAUGUGGACGGUGAUGGAACCGAUAAACUAAAAUCUCUAUCACAAAUAGGACAAACCAGGGGUAGAGAUUCUGUCCUCGUUGAAGGUGGUCGCGAAGUGCUAGUCACUGAUGUUGCUCCAGAAGGCAAGGGUACUUUGAAUCAACCUAAAAGACCUCAUGCGCGAUCUAUACCACCUCCAAGAAAGAACAGCUCUGAUAGUGGGAACGGGUACAUUGGAUUGCCACCUCCUCCUCAAUUGGUAAGGAGAACAACAGAGCAGCUUGGUCUUUCACAACUUUCUCAAUUACCGGCAUUACCAGUUAUGGAUGAUACCGACAUUGGUGGCCCACCUAUAAUUAUAGAUGCUUCCGGAAAUACUGUACCCAAACCUUUCAGUCCCUUGACGGCGGACAUCAAGAUGGCGCAAGUACACAAGGACUGUAUGCGUGAUCCAUUGAACGAUGCUUUCGCGGAAGAAAUUUGGCAGCAGAUCGCCGAAAACAAUACUAAGAUCUAUCGCAGAGUCUUCAGGUGUAAUCCAGAUAGUGAAGUGACAAACUGGCAUGAGUAUAGAGAAUUCGUUGCUUAUGCAGAAAGAUUUGUACAAGCACAAGGAGGUGGAAAAACUAACGAGCGAGAGGGACAAGACUCGACCAGUCGACAUGGACCUCCAGGUUCAACCUCAGUCGGAAAUCCUCUUUCCGAAAAGCUAAAACCAAAUAGUCAAGGCGGUACUCAUCCUCUUGGAACAGUAUCUGAAUGGGUUGCAACCGCUAAUGCAGAACAUGAUGCUCGAGCAGCCGUCAAUACAUCUGAUGAGAGUCGUUUGGGUCAAUUUGACGGUACUGAUGAGAAAACUGCUGCUCGUAAUGAAGCAGUAUCUCCAAUUGGACCGUCUGGCAAUGAAGCAUUCCCUGCUCUCGACGCUACUGCUUUGGGUGUGCCUCCUACUAAUGGGACAACCUCUCAAGCUAGUACUCGCAAGACUACUUUCUCUACAACACCAACACCCAGCGGUGAUAGAAGAGAAAAUAGCAGUUCUAUGAAUCAAACUGGAUCAGUUAGGAAGAGACGUCGUGGUACUACGAGGGGCAGUCGCAAGGGAUUCUCGGGAAGCGAUGAUCUGCUCUCUACUGAAGAUGUUGAGGAUCUAUUGGCGAUGAUCCAAGGUCAUCUUGUCGUAUUUCCUUACGAUUGGCUUAUCAAAGAAGAACUUAACUCCAACUGGCUUUACCAAGUCGACCAAGUCGCUCCUCUACAAAUUUAUAACUAG